AUGGUCGGGGAGGGCCGAUUAGGGUUUUUCGAAGGUGGGUUGAUGGUUUUAGGGUGUUUCGUGGCGGGAGUGUUUACCAUUGAGAAAUAUAAAAAGCUUGAGAGUACCAUUGAGAAUUUCCCUUAUUUUUAUUAUAAUGCAGAAAAUGGUGAUCAAAAGAAGAAGGUUGGCUCGAACAAGCCUUAUAAAUAUCUCUAUGAUUACUUUUAUUAUAAAGGAGACAAUGGUGACACGAAGGCUAAUAGAGUGACAUUCAAAACCAAACCCGAUGAUGAAAAGGAUUCUAAAGAGACUCUACCCGUUCAUCCAAAUUCACUUCAUCACCAUCAUCCUCACCAUUUCAUGCACAAUGAUAAUAAUGUAAACAUAGAAGAAUUGAGCUCGACGACUUCUUCUAGUGACACGUUAUUUUUCAUAGAGAAAAACUUGCAAGUUGGAAUGAAGUUGCCACAAGAUUUCCAAAAGAUUCAAAUCCGCCCUAUUUUGCCUAAACACAUUGUUCAAUCCUUCCCCUUCGCCUAUGAAAAUUUCACAGAUAUACUCUCUUUAUUUUCCAUUAAAUUCGAGUCUGAAGAUGCCAUCGAUGUUAAAGACACCCUCCAUCUAUGUUUUAAAAGACCAAAGAGUACAAAAGAAAUCAGUACUUGUGCGCAAUCCAUAGAGGAGGUUGUUGAUUUUGUGGUACGAGAGUUGGGCACGAAUGAAGUAGAGGUAAAAACAAUGGACAAAAAGAUGGAGGUGCCUAAUGGAAGACAAGAUUAUAUGAUAAAAAAGGUGAAAAAAUUGGAUGUACCGGGCAAUAAUGCAGCAGUAUGCCAUAGGAUAAGAUAUCCUUAUACUGUGUACUAUUGUCACCACCAAAUAGGCAUUGGCCAUUACGACGUCACUUUGGUUAGCCUAGCGGGUACUGAGGUCCAGACUACGGCUAUAUGUCACUAUGACACAUACGCUUGGAACCCUAAGUCCACACCCCUUCGCGCCCUUGGUCUUAAACCCGGCGAUUCACCACUUUGUCACUUCGCUUUCUUAAAUGACAUGUUUUGGAAUAUCAAACCCGCCGUCUCCAACUCUCUCGACAUGGCUCAGUAA